CGAGUACAUAUACAGUGACUAUGAACGAUUAUAACACGCGCACGUAAGGCAGUUGACUGACUUUUGAUCAUGUUAUCAUGCAGAUGCAGAUAGGUCCCUGCAUGUCCAUAACACAAACAGCUACCACGACAGACACGCACUGACGCGACACCAAAGCCCCCUCUGUCUCACAUCCAUCCAUCACCGCCGGCAGCCAACACUGCGCGAUCGACGUUUGCAGCCCCUUCACCCACACGGUUGUCAGACGCACGCUGCUCCACGUGUGCCGACAUGCGUGUGGAGGAAGACACCGAAAAUAUCAGAUCGCACUGACUGACAGGGAAUCUCUUUUUUCCAAACAACAGCCGCCCCGGCUGCCGGUCAUCUGUUCAUUCACUGCGUGGGCCAGUUGAUUCUCUUGAGGUUGAGGUUGUCGACACUGAUGUUGUGGUUGAGCCACGCCAUCUUGGACGCCACACCGGUCGACGGCUCCACAAACCCGUCGAUGGCCGCCUUGGCGCGAGCGAUGAUGCUCUCGAACUCACACCGAUUCUCGGGCGUCACCUUGACGCGAUAGCCGUCGUCGUUCUUCAUCACCACAACGGUCGGCACGUCCUGCACAUACGGACCGAACGACAGACAUGCAUGUCUGCUCUGCAUUUCCCCUUCCCUUCCCUCACAUCGACGUCGGCAUGGUAUGCGGCCCUUGGGCACGCGUCGGUGUCGAUGGAGAGGAAGAUGUGUUUGGGGUAGGUCUUGGCCAUCUCCUCCAUCCGAGGAGCCAGUAUCUUGGACCACAGGCUGAAACUCGCCGUGAAGAAACACACCAACAGCUCCGGCCGCUUGUAGAGAAAAAACUCGUAGUCCUCCAUACUCGUGACUCUCUGCACACACACACACACACACACACACACACACAGAGUCCAUCGGUCCCGUCACACAUCAAGGAUCUGUGCAUUCUUGCAGCGUGAGCUCACAAUCAUGCCAGGGUGCCCCUUCAUGAGCUCGGCAGCCUUCUCCUCAUCGGCCUUGCUCAUGGCCUCCUGCACCAUCUGCUGCUUGAGCAGGUGCGCCUCCUUCUCGCGCUCCGUCCGCCACGUCAGAUCCCACACGGCCUUGUCGUGCUCCUCCUUGCCGCCCUCAGGGCUGGUCACCUCCACCACCAGCUUGCCGUCCUUUUCCACAGGCGCAGAGACCACAUAGCGCUUGAGCGAUGCCGGCACGUCGGGCAGCGGGGCCUUGGGCGGAUCAGGCACAAGCACUGUGGAAAAGGCCCUCACAGAGCCGACAGGCGGACGCCGACGGAGGCAUCUGAGCUGGCGCGCCAGCGGUGCUGCAAUGGCCUUGCGCAUCAUCUGCUGUGCCUGCCCUCUCUGGACAGGCACAAUGGGCUUCUCUCUUGGCUGUUUUUCCUGCGGCAGCAGCGGUUUGCUUGCGGC